GUCUUACAGUAACUGGAGAUAUCAGUGGUAUAAAGGCAGCAGUAGAACUGCAGUCAGUCAGUCUCAGACAAACACCUUCACCAUCAGAUCAGCAGCAGAUCAGGAUCAGUACUGGUGUAGAGGAGAGAGAGAUAACAGACCUACACCAUCACAGUUCAGUAACAGAGUGAAUCUCUCUGUUAAAGCAGAAAAACCUAAACCUGAACUCACAUCAAACCAUAAAGGAACUGCACUGAUAGGAAAUCCAGUGGUUCUGUACUGUAAGCUGGAUCAGUCUGCUGGAUGGAGGUUUUACUGGUCCAAACACACACAGAGCCCUGAGAAUGAGACUAAGACUGAAACACACUCCUACACCAUCAGCUCAGUCAGUGUCUCUGAUGGAGGACAGUACUGGUGCAGAGCUGGGAGAGGAAUCAGUCGCCAUCCCUGUGGUCUAAGCCAAUAAUAAUGUGAUCUUGGACAGUCCUGUUCAUCCUGUGACUGAGGGAGAUCGUCUGAUGCUGCACUGUUUAUAUCACCACACAAAGCCCUCAAACCUCACAGCUGAGUUGAUGGAUCACUCCUCCAGACUCAGACUACAGGAGAGAUGACCAUCCAUACCGUCUCAAAGUCAGAUGAAGGAAGUGAUGAGUGUUGAACACAGAGCGUUGUUCAGUCAGUGAGUCAUUACGGGGACAGUAUGGAGUUCAGGUCACUCUCUGUGAUACUCUUGUUGGUUUCAAUCGUUCAAGCUGGGCAUGAUGAAGAGGAGCAUAAGCCAGUUCUGACUGUGGAGCCUGAUUGGCCACAAAUUUUUAGUGGACAGAACGUCACACUUACAUGUUCCAUUCCAGGAGAGAGGGUAGCUUACUGGACGUACAACUGGUACAGAGAUUCCGUAAAAUUUCACUCAUCAGAUGAAAACUAUUACAUCAUAAGAGACAUAAAAACGCAUCAUGGUCUGAAAUACUGUUGUUAUGGUUCAGGAAAAUGGAACUCUUACUCUCCUUGGAGUAAUCAAGUUACUCUCUCAGUAACAGAGAGACCAAAAGCUUCACUGAUUCUGGUGCCUACUGGACAGAUGUUUAAUGGAGAGAAAGUGACUCUCAGAUGUGACAUACAAGGACACACAGACACUGAGUGGAGAUACAGCUGGUAUAAAGAUGGUGACAGUAACCAUCCAGUUCAUUCCUCUGAUAAUAAAACAGAAUAUUCCUUCAGCGUUGUAGAGUCUAACAGUGGUAAAUACACCUGUAGAGGAGAGAGGAGGAGUGACUCUCAGAGAUCAGAGAUCAGUGAUGCUGUUACACUGACUGUAUCAGAAACACCUAAACCUGAACUCACAUCAAGCCAUAAAGGAGCUGCACUGAUAGGAAAUCCAGUGGUUCUGUACUGUAAGCUGGAUCAGUCUGCUGGAUGGAGGUUUUACUGGUCCAAACACACACAGAGCCCUGAGAAUGAGACCAAGACUGAAACACACUCCUACACCAUCAGCUCAGUCAGUGUCUCCGAUGGAGGUCAGUACUGGUGCAGAGCUGGGAGAGGAACCCCAGUCUACUACACUCACUACAGUGAUGCACUCUGGAUGAACGUCACUGAGAGUCCUAAAGCUGUGAUUUCCAUAAACCCUGAUAAUCAAGUGUUCAGAGGAGAGACCGUCACUCUCAGAUGUGACAUGCAGGGAGGAGGAGACACUGAGUGGAGAUACAGCUGGCAUAAGGAUGAUUAUAGUCACGUCUCAUUCAGUACAACAAAAGAGAAUACAAUUUCCUUUGUUAGAGAGUCUCACAGUGGUAAAUACACCUGUAGAGGAGAGAGGAGGAGUGACUCUCAGACAUCAGAGAUCAGCGAUGCUGUUACACUGACUGUAUCAGACAGAGCUCAGGCAGUACUGAGAGCUUCUCCACAGAGCUGGCUGAGUGAAGGAGACUCAGUGACUCUAAGCUGUGAGGUCAAAGGCUCCUCUACAGGCUGGACAUUCAGCUGGUACAGAGAUAAAGAUGAGCUCCUCUCAGACAGCAGCAGAGGAGCUGGAGGCUCCUACACACUCAGCCCUGCUGCUCUUAAUCACACAGGAGUUUAUGCGUGCAGAGCAACGAGAGGAGAAACAGCCUAUCACACACAGUACAGUGAUGCACAGCCACUAUGGAUCACUGGUGUUUCUCCUCCAGUCUCUCUGAUGGUCAGUCCCAACAGAACUCAACACUUUAAUUUUAAGCCUCUCUCACUGAGCUGUGAGGGACAGAGUGAUUCUCCUGGAUGGAGAGUGAGACAAUACACACACAGUGAGAAGGUGUCAGAUUGUUCAUCAGGCUGGGGAUCAGUUACAGGACCUACAUGCAACAUCAGCUCCCUCAGCACAUCCCACACUGGAGUGUACUGGUGUGAGUCUGAAUCUGGAGAGAGCAGCAAUCCUGUCAACAUCACAGUGACCAAUAAUGAUGUGAUUCUGGACAGUUCUGUCCAUCCCGUCACUGAGGGAGAUAAUCUGACUCUGAGCUGUUUAUAUCGCUACACAAAGCCCUCAAACCUCACAGCUGAGUUCUAUAAGAAUGGAUCACUCCUCCAGACUCAGACUACAGGAGAGAUGACCAUCCGUACUGUCUCAAAGUCAGAUGAAGGUCUCUACCACUGUAAACACCCAGAGAAAGGAGAGUCUCCACAGAGCUGGAUCUCAGUCAGAGCUUCAGCUGCUGAACCUGCUCCUAAUCACGUUGGAGUGGUUGUAGGAGUGAGUUUUGCUGUGUUGUUCAUCUUCUUACUGAUACUGCUGUGGUGCCUCAAAAUGAAACAAGGAAAUAAGCAGAACACGAACCAGACAUCAAUGCAGAACCAGAGAGAGUCAGGAGCUGAGGACCCUCAGCCUGAAUACAUACCACUACAGUCUGGAGACGUACAUGUUUAUGACACUUUGGAAAGAGCAGGUGAUGCUGCCAAUGAGCUCACUGAUGUCACUUACUCGCAGGUCAUGAAACAAAACAACAAAUCCAAGAACGAAGAUGCUGACACUGGAUCCAUGGAAGUAACUUAUGCUGAGAUUGAACUGAAAACGAAGAAGAAACCAAAGAGAAAACGAGAACAGACUAGUGUGAAUGCUGACACUGUGUACUCAGAGCUGAAGCAGAACACAGAUGAAGGCUCAAACAUAACUGGACAGCUGCAUGGCCAGGUGUGGUCUGUUCCCUCAGAAUAUGAUGAUGUGAUUCUGGACAGUCCUGUUCAUCCUGUGACUGAGGGAGAUCCUCUGACUCUGCGCUGUUUAUAUCGUGACCCAAAGCCCUCAAACCUCACAGCUGAGUUCUAUAAGAAUGGAUCACUCCUCCAGACUCAGACUACAGGAGAGAUGAACAUCCGUACUGUCUCAAAGUCAGAUGAAGGUCUCUACCACUGUAAACACCCAGAGAAAGGAGAGUCUCCACAGAGCUGGGUCUCAGUCAGAGUAUUAAGACCACAAUCAGUGUUUAUUGACUUGGAGUUGGCUGUAGAUCUUUCUGGAAUGACAACAUUGUACGUAGAGCUGAAGCAGAACCCAGACAAAGCUAAGAUCAACGGAUGGGUGUUGAACACAGAGCAUUGUUCAGUCAGUCAGUCAGUCAGUCAGUCAGUCAGUCAUUACGGGGCCAGUAUGGAGUUCAGGUCUCUCUCUGUGAUACUCUUGUUGGUUUCACUCAUCCAAAUUGUGCAUGCUGAAGUGCCAAAGCCCCGUCUGACUGUGCAGCCUGACUGGCCACAGAUAUUCAGUGGAGAGAAUGUUACACUCACAUGUGACUUGCCAGGAGAGAAAGUAACUGACUUGACGUACUGCUUUACCAGUGAUAACUCUCCAGCUCAGCAUUCUGAUGAAAAGCAUUACAUCAUGAGAGACAUCAAAGUACAUCAGAGUUCCAUAUACAAAUGUUAUAGUCACAGAAACCAUGACCAAGAAAAAUCUGACUGGAGUAAUGAAGUGACUCUCACAGUGAUAGAGAGACCAAAAGCUUCACUCAUCCUGUUGCCUACUGGACAGAUGUUUAAUGGAGAGAAAGUGACUCUCAGAUGUGACAUACAAGGACACACAGACACUGAGUGGAGCUACAGCUGGUAUAAAGAUGGUGACAGUAACCGUCCAGUUCAUUCCUCUGAUAAUAAAACAGAAUAUUCCUUCAGUGUUGUAGAGUCUGACAGUGGUAAAUACACCUGUAGAGGAGAGAGGAGGAGUGACUCUCAGAGAUCAGAGGUCAGUCUUGCUGUUACACUGACUGUAUCAGACAGAGCUCAGGCAGUACUGAGAUCUUCUCCACAGAGCUGGCUGACUGAAGGAGACUCAGUGACUCUAAGCUGUGAGGUCAAAGGCUCCUCUACAGGCUGGACAUUCAGCUGGUACAGAGAUAAAGAUGAGCUCCUCUCAGACAGCAGCAGAGGAGCUGGAGGCUCCUACACACUCAGCCCUGUGGCUCUUAAUCACACAGGAGUUUAUGCAUGCAGAGCAAUGAGAGGAGAAACAACCUAUCACACACAGUACAGUGAUACACAGCCACUAUGGAUCACUGGUGUUUCUCGUCCAGUCUCUCUGAAGGUCAGUCCCAGCAGAGUUCAACACUUUAGUGCUGACUCUCUCUCACUGAGCUGUGAGGGACAGAGUGACUCUACUGGAUGGAGAGUGAGACGAUACACACACAGGGAGAAGGUGUCAGAUUGUUCAUCAGGCUCGGGAUCAGUUACAGGAUCUACAUGCAGCAUCAGCUCCCUCAACACAUCCCACACUGGAGUGUACUGGUGUGAGUCUGAAUCUGGAGAGAGCAGCAAUCCUGUCAACAUCACAGUGACCAAUAAUAAUGUGAUUCUGGAGAGUCCUGUUCAUCCUGUGACUGAGCGAGAUCCUCUGACCCUGCGCUGUUUAUGUCACCACACAAAGGCCUCAGACUGCAUAGCUGAGUUCUAUAAAGAUGGAUUAUUGCUCCAGACUCAGACUACAGGAGAGAUGACCAUCCGUACUGUCUCAAAGUCAAAUGAAGGACUUUAUCACUGUAAACACCCAGAGAAAGGAGAGUCUCCGCAGAACUGGAUCUUAGUCAGAGUUUCUACAAAUCCGGCUGAUAAAGCUGCUCCUAAUCUGGUUGGAGUAGUUGUAGGAGUGGGUUUUGCUGUGUUGUUCAUCAUCUUACUGAUACUGCUGUGGUGCUACAGAGCUAACAAAGGACUCAAGCAGAACAUUGACCAGAUGUCACAGCAGAAUAGGCAGCCAGGAGCUGAGGUCACUCAGAAUGGACAUACACUGAGACAUGCUGAUGUUGCCUCUGGAUCCACAGAAGUGACUUAUGCUGAGAUUGAACUGAAAACAAAGAAACCAACAAAAAAGCGAGAGAUGGCCAGUGUAAAUGCUGACACUGUGUACUCAGAGCUGAAGCACAACACAGACAAAGGCAAUGUUGCUGGACUUGGUGAUUCGGACUAACUGAAAACUGCAGGUCCACAAGGAGUGAGCCAAAAAGCAGAAUAUUGCUGAAGAUGUUAAGAAGCUCGCGACCUUAAAGGAGGAUUGGCUUAGAAAAUGUGUGUGUGUGUGUGUGUGUGUGUGUGUGUGUGUGUGUGUGUGUGUGUGUGUGUGUUAAGAAGCUGGUCAAAUGUGUCUUUAUCCAAAAUUAUUACAGAAGGUGUGAGCAGAGUGUUCACCUUUUUCAGCUUGUGUCUGGUCUAAGGGCCAAUUGUACCAAGACACAACAUUUAUGCAUUUCUGCUGACUGUGACAAUAUAGCCCAUCUGUGUAGAAAGCUUUUUCCAUUGCUGAUUUUCUAAGUGAAAAUAAAUUAACAUAUGCUCUACAGAGAACAGACUUUUUACUUGACAUUUUAAUGUACAAUUUUUACUGUUUGUCAUAUUGGGGAAAAAAUGAAACAAAAUGUAGCCUGAACAAAAGUUAUUGCAGAUUUUGUUUAAUAUGUUAAACUCACUAAAAUGGUCAGAAAUGUGCUGUUUGUAAUUGGAAUUGUGUUCAAAAACUUGUUUUCUAUAAUUGCCGUUUUAACUUGUGUAAAAAGUCAGCUGUCUCUUUCAUUGUGUAACAACAUCAUGAUGAAUGAAUCAAUAGUAAUGUUCAGUAAUUACUUGCAAUAAAUUCUGGAGAUGCUCUUUCUA